UAUAAAAUUCUAAUAACAAUCACUUAGAUACGUUUAUCACAAUUUGUUAAGAACUAGUGCUUGGUUCAUUCGUUUAAGGUGUUCUCAAACUUAGGAAAUAAACAACGGUGGAGUGUUUAAAGUAGCAUGUCGCCAGCAAAACAAUUUAAUUUCAAAGCAAAUAAACAAACACAAAUUAAUGGAUGAUGAACAAAGAUGGCAGCUGAAAUAUUAUCACAGAAAAAAGGAGCAGAAUGGAAAACCUUCUCACAAUUUGUUAGCUUUUUGCCUUUAUAUUCUAGGUACAAUAUAAUCUGGUAAAGGAAAACACAUGUGAAAAACUGUAGUCAUCUUCAUCAAGGUGGAAAAAUAUGACAGAAUGUAGCCCGAGUGUUAGAUUUUUGUCACAAGGUUUUUCAGUAGUUAUAUUUUUUCAAUAUUUUCCAGCUGAAAAAUGGACACUUAAGAAAGUCUGGCACUUAUAUAUUGUAAGCAUUGUAUUUUUGUGUCGUAUGUAUAAUAGUGAAACACAGCAUAGUUUUAGCAUUGUUUGAUAUAAUACAUAACUAUCUGAAUUAGAUGACAAUUUGCGUGUUGUAUGUACAUAAAUUAUAACUAACUUAUACGUUACGUUCAUGCUAUGAAUAUAUAUCUAAUAUUGUUUGUCUGAGAAGGUUUGAGCUUUUACUCGGUUCAUAAUUUAGGUAUAUACUUAAGCAUGUCGUUAUAUGUGUGAAAUGAUUAAAGAUCUAAUCGUAAUAAGGACAGCGUUAGUCAUGCCCCAUGUCUCUAGUGUUCAUUAUACCGUAUUGAAGGGACUGUUUAGUCAGAACGGUGACGUCAGUACUUCUGGUUUUGGAUUUGUUCAUUGGAUAUUCUUAUAUAAAAUUUUUAUACCAAUCACUUAGAUACGUUUAUCACAACUUGUUGAGAAUUAGUGCUUGGUUCAUUCGUCUAAGGUGUUCUGUAAAAAUGCGUCACUGUUCUGUUUAAAGCCGAGGGAAAAUACCAACAACGCACCGUCUUUAGGUUUUCUUCAUGAGAUAGGCCUUUAGCAGUAGGUUCAACACGAAGUUUCCAAGCAAAGGCAGGAAUUUCAAGCAACAAUGACUACGACAUGGUGGCGACAGAGACCAUCUUUAUGUACACCUGACGAACUAAAAGAGAUAAUCACAGCUCCCUCUGGAGGUUAUUAUGCUCUACCUACAGACCCGUACAACGAGGUAUAUCCGAAUGUUUACAUUAGUGACGGCACAACAGCCUUAUGCACAUGUGUACUUCGUAGACUUCGUGUUACCUACGUGUUGAACGCAGCUCAGGGAAAGGAUAAGUGGUUUAAUCUUGUCAACACAUCUCCAGCAUUCUAUAAAGAUUCUGGAAUACAAUACAUGGGAGUGGAAGCUAUUGAUAUGAACAGCUUCAACUUGGAACCCUAUUUUCAGGAAGCUGCUGAUUUCAUUCAGAAAGGAUUAGAUUCUGGAGGAAAAGUCCUCGUACAUUGCCGACAAGGAAUUAGUCGUUCCGCAACGUUAGUGUUGGCCUUUUUGAUGAUAAAGCGACAUCUAACGGCCCAAGAAGCUAUGAGAACCGUACGGUCCAACCGAGAAAUCAUACCUAACGACGGAUUCCUGAAACAGCUUUGUCUCCUAAAUGAUAAACUUAUCAAAGAAAGACGAAUUAAUGGCUUUAUAAGUUAUUGAGAUUGUUAAACGAUGUAGAACCAAAGGCACAAUAUUCGGCGAAGAGAGCCUCCAGCGUUCUCCAAUGAAAAUGGAAAAAGUAUACACCAGAGCGUUUAGGUCAGCACCUGUUUUCCAAGCCAAUCUUGGGUGAUUAUCUCACUCACAAAGUAAAAGCUAUGGUUAAAAAAAGAUAAUUCACUGGCCCAGAAAGCCAUUGAGAUGAAGCUGACAUAUCUUCUUAUUCCAAUAACAGGGUAAUAUACAAGGAUUUUAACCAAAAGCUCACAAGCUUCUAGACAUAUACAAUAAAAUCAAUGUAAGCUAAGUUCUGUAAUGUUGGGUGUAAUAUUCGCCAGUAUUAGCCACAGGUCAGGUUCAGUAUUUAUUCUAAUUCUGAAUUUGGACUUCAGGGCCGCAAGUGAUGAAAAUCCUCUUUCCCACAGGUACGUAGUAGUGGAAAAAUGACAUCAAAAAACGAAUUACUUUUUCUGCAAGUUCUGGUACUCUUCAAUUAUCUGAAUCCAAAACUGCCAUAGUGGAUUUCUUUUUAGUCUUGACCUUAAUGUUCCAUCACAAUAAAGCUCCAUCAACCGCUCUUCUCCCAGACGAAGCCAUGUGGUAUGGGUGUCAGGUACAUUGUUAUUUUACAGAGUCUGUUAUUGUGGAGAACUGAUUCAAGGCGGUUACAUUGAUUGUACGCUGUAGCUGAAAGAAAAGCCAACAGUUGUUGCUGUGAUGGUUGAUUUAGCUACAAAACAGGCUUGGGACUCAGCACUGUCACAGUCUCUAUGUAAACCAACAGCUCCAUUGUCACAGGAAGUGACAGAUAUCGUAGCCACCAUAUAAUAAAUCAGGAUUCCUUGACCCAUUUCUCAUGGCUGCACCAUUAAUGCAAGAGAGGACCUCCUGAAGAUGCCUAUAACAAUGAGGUAUGGAAUCUUUUUUUUAUCGAGGUAUGAAAGGAUAGUGGAUAUGAAAUUGUCCAUAUCCUUUUGGGAGACAAUUUCGGUGGAUACAGGUCUUAUUCCUGUCCACGUCACAGCAUAAGUAGGAGGGUCAACAGCAAGCUGUUGUUGUACUACUUUACGUCAUUUAAAAUCAAAUGGCUUCUAGUGUGGAUAGCUCAGACUGUGGGAUAUGAAUUAAGAUAUAUUUGACCUAAAUAAAGUCCAGUAUCACCCGAUUUUUCCAACCUUCCUCCUGUGAGGGAUGUUUUUCUUUAAGUCUAGCAGUCUCCAACAAACAUUGGCCAAGUAUAAAUAUUCAAUAACUGGCCAUUGAUUGUGAAUUCAAGACCUCUGCUACCUUGAUAUUAGAUUUUAUAUACAUAUAUAUGUGUGUGUAUGUAUAUAUAUAUUGCUGUUUGAUGUUUCACAGUUGUGUUCAAUCUAUUUAUUUCACUAGACUAUGUUCAGUUUGUUCUCUACAAUCUAAUAUAUAUAGAGCUCAGCUUGUAUCUGUUUGCUCGCGCCUUUCAGCCAUCUGUUCCUUAUACAUUUUCAUAUUUCUUGAUCAAUCAGCACCAAACUUGACACAACGAUAUAGGAUGAUAUGAGGAAGGUCAUGGGGGUUGGAUCCCCAUAUAAUUUCGAAAAAUACUACCAAAUCAGCACAACUUGACAUAGUGAUACAGAAUAACAUGAGGAAGGUCAUGAAGGGGG